AUGACGAUGUUGCGGAGAGGAAGUUCGAUACUAAAUAAGAGUUUAUGGAUUGUAUUACUUUCAUUAGCCUGCAGCAUUUCCAGAUGCAGUUUGUCUGUUGAGGUUGACGUGUCCAAGACCAUUGUUUCUGGACCUGGCAUAGUGGCUGAUGCCACUUUGCCAGUGCGGUAUGUAUAUAUUCAUCCUCACGAUAGUGAAGGCGAACCAAUUACGAAAGACCUUGGAGAUGGAGCGUUUUCAUUAACAGUCACAAAUAAUGGACAAAAUAUCACAGCGUCGAGACAAGUUUUAAACUUACACAAUGGGACCUAUAUUGCACGUUUUCGUCUGUAUGACUUCGGUGGGAACAUUGAAAUGUCAUUAAAGUAUCAGGGUGAACAUGUUGCCAAAUCACCGUACAAACUUGUUAAUGUAUAUGGAGACGAGUGCUACUGUCCUAUGCCUCUUAAAAAGUGGACAGAGGCACUAAAAUGCCCUGCCACCUUUGAUCAGGUUGAAAGAGAUCUUGAAAUCUUUGAAAAAAUUGAUCUUGACGAUCUUGUGAAAAGGGGAAUUCCGAAGUUUGGUUCACAUCACUCUUUUUGCCAUUAUGUUGUUAAAGGUAACAAAAUCUAUAGACAAUGCUAUGGAAAAAACACAGAUUUCAAAAGGAUCAUGGAUGCAACUCUACUAUCGUUGACUAAAAAGCUGAAGCUUCCAGAUGUUGAAUUUCUGAUGAGUUUAGAAGACUGGCCUCUUGAAAGAGGUUCAAGGGAACAAGCUCAUCCUAUAUUUUCAUGGUGUGGUUCAGACAAAACCUUAGACAUAGUACUGCCUACUUAUGAUAUUACGCAGUCUGUAUUUGAAAUGCUUGGGACAGUAAGUCUUGACAUAUUUUCAGUUCAAGCCAACACUGGUCCAAACUGGGAGAAAAAAACAAAUAAAGGAUUUUUUAGAGGUCAAGAUAGCAGCCAAGAACGACUUGAUCUCGCAGCAAUGAGUUUAGCAAAUCCGGAUUUUCUUGAUGUUGCAAUCACAAAUUAUUUUUUCUUCAAGCAAGAUGAAGAAAAAUAUGGCAAAAAAGUAGAACACGUGUCGUUUUUUGAAUUCUUUAAACACAAGUAUCAGCUUAAUGUUGAUGGUACUGUUGCUGCAUAUCGACUUCCUUAUUUGCUGGUUGGAGAUGGAUUGGUUUUCAAGCAGGAUUCUGAGUAUUACGAGCAUUUCUAUAAAGACUUGAAACCUUGGGUUCAUUUUGUACCUCUAAAAAAAGCCUUAUCAGAUGUCAUUGAAAAAAUUAAUUGGGCUCGUGAACAUGAUAAUGAAGCUCGGAAAAUACAACAAGCAGCUACAAAACUAGCAAGACAAAUUUUAACUCCCGAUCGAAUCUUAUGUUAUCAUGUUGUUUCUUUCAAUGAGUACGCAAAACGACAGACGAGACCAGUUAAAGUUUUGAAGAAAAUGGAAAUGGUGAAACAGCCGCCUGACAAAAAAUGUACAUGUCAUAGAAAGAAAGCAAAACCAAAAAAAGAUGAGCUAUGA